AGAGGAGGACGUAGAAACCGUUGAAUGAGGCCGAGACCUGGCAUGGAUAUCAACAUCGGAGGACAAAUAGAGAAGGUGAAUGGAAAAGAGUUGACUUAUCGGGAAUUUGUGAAUCGUUACAUGGAGAAGAACCAUCCCGUGGUGCUCACAGGACUCAUGGACGACUGGAAGGCUUGCAGAGACUGGGUCACCAUUAAUGGCCAACCCGACCUUCAUUUUUGUUCUUCCCAUUUUGGGAGUUCUAAAGUUCAGGUUGCAGAUUGUGGCACGAGAGAAUUCACAGACCAGAAAAGGGAGGAGAUGCGUGUUUCAGAUUUUAUAAGCCGUUGGCUAGAGGGUUCACCAUUAGAGCCUAAUACUGAAAAUGAUAAUAGCAAUGGUCAUGGCUCCGUACUGUAUUUGAAGGAUUGGCACUUUGUAAAGGAAUAUCCAGAGUAUUUAGCAUACAUCACUCCAGUGUUCUUUCAUGAUGACUGGCUCAACCUCUAUCUCGACUGCUACAAAAUGCAUAUAGAUCCUGAUAGUUACCAACAAAAUAAUGAAAUAUGUUGCUCUGACUAUCGUUUUGUUUACAUGGGGGAAAAAGGAUCUUGGACCCCUCUUCAUGCUGAUGUUUUCAGGUCAUAUAGUUGGUCUGCAAUCUGUGGGAAGAAGAGAUGGCUUUUUCUAGCUCCUCCUCAGAGUCAUCUUGUAUUUGACAGGAACAUGAAAAGCUGUGUGUAUGAUAUCUUUGCUGAAGUAAGCGAAUCAACUUUUCCUGGCUUUAGAAAGACUAUCUGGUUAGAAUGCACGCAAGAAGCAGGUGAAGUUAUUUUUGUUCCCAGUGGAUGGUAUCAUCAAGUUCAUAAUCUGGAGGAUACUAUAUCUAUAAACCACAACUGGUUCAAUGCCUAUAACCUUUCUUGGGUGUGGAACUUACUUUUGAGGGACUACAAUGAGGCCAAGGAAAACAUUGAGGACAUCAAGGAUAUAUGUGAUGAUUUUGAAGGUCUCUGUCAGCGCAAUCUUUUUGCCAACACAGGGAUGAACUUUUAUGACUUCUUUACUUUCAUAACAUGCUUUACCCUGGCCAACUUAGCGUUGCUUUGCCAUCUAAGUGGAAAAUAUGGAAGCCCCACUGAAAGUUCACUGGCAAUCACUCAACAUUUAGUUUUCAAUCUUGGAUCAGUGAGGAAGGUUGCAUUGGAGAUGAAAAACAUGCAUGCUCUUGGAGGAAAUCAUGACUGCUUCCUGGACAUUAUCAAAACAUCUGAAGAUCCUAGGUUUUCUAAGUUGUGUGCACGUUUGAGAAGAACAUAUGUGACGAUACAUGAGCAACCUUUUUUGUCUUUUGAAUUUGAGAAAUCUGCAGUUGAUUAUCUGAUGGGCCUUAAUGUUUUGAAAGCAUGUUCUUCUUCUCGGAUCCACACACCCGAAGACCUUAUUAAACUUAUAGAUAAUGCUGUUUCAGAGCUUGGUGACAGUUAUACUCAGCAGCUGUCUGCAUUACAUGUCAAUUGAAUGUCCUUUUGGUGAUUCUUGUUUGGCAACUGCAUUCUAACUUUUUAAGAAGUUCCUUGCCACCUUGAUUUCUGUGUUCUAUGCACCAUUACUGGAGUUCAUCAGGAAACCCACCAUUGUAUCAUGAAUCAUAAUUCGUUCAAUAAUAUUAUCGCAGAGAGAAUGCAGGUUGAGCUAAAAGUCCCAUGAAUACUUUAGUCUUAAAAAACUCGUCUUCCUUCGUAGUAGUUCGUCCAAUUUCCUCUGUGGUCCAUCUGGCUGCGCCCUAUCCAAUACCUCUUCUGAUAUUAAUUCUCAAGCUUUCUAUAUAUUUAGCUUUCCCCUCCAUUUCCUUCACAUUAUGAUUAAACCACAACCGAGAGUAACUUUGGCGGGACUAAAAUCUUCUGCUGUGAAUACGGCCAAGCUGUAUCAAGUGCAAUACUGAUGUGGAUAUUGUUGACAAAUGAUGGGGAAACUUGGGAGUAGGUUUCAUUGGGAAUCAUCAUGACCAACAGGGACUGUCUUGGACGCCUUCUUUGACUGCGUAAAGGAGAUUUACUAUGUCUCCCACGCCUAGUACUGGGGUCUGGAAGUUCACUGGGACCUCUUUGACGUUUGCCUUUCACAAGACGGGAGACCUUGGUGACCGGGGGUCCCCACCUUCUGCGGUUCGGUCCAUUUAGUAUUGUUUAUCUAUAUGCAUGAUGACGGUGUCCUUCGAGUUGUAACCUUGUAGGGUAAAUACAUUAUUGCUUUUAUUUGUAAUGUCAUACAUUAUUGUUUUUUAAUAAUCAGUAUCAGAAGGGACCA